AGUAUUGCGAAACAGAAGCAAAAUCAAUGCACAUAGUUAUCUAAUACAGUAAGAAAAGAAAAUAAUGAGAAAUAUUUCACGGAAAUAAUAAAAUAUCAUACAUUAUAUAGGGUUUUAUUAGGAUUAUUAUUCAAUGGUAUUAAAAUUUUGAAUUAGCAACGAUCACCACAGAUAAAGUGAAAUGGGUUUGAAAAAAGUGAACGCCGUUAUUUUGGCAGUAUUUUUGAUGAGUCUUCAAACAGAUGUGUACAGUGAAGAACAAAUGUCAAGACAAACAUUGAUAGAGGACUUGCUCAACCCCUCACAUUACGACUCGAGUGUUCCACCAGGCAAGCCAACUAACGUGAAAAUUCAGCUUAUUAUAAAUGAUACAAUUAUGGAAAAUGAACAUGCUUCGGAAAUUUCGGGCCUUACUACAGUGAUUAUGCAUUGGAUUGACAGUCGUUUAGAUUACUCAGCAAAAGCGUCAUAUCCUUCUUUAAUAAUUCGUGGUUCAGCUAAAUUAAAACCAUGGGUCCCUGAUAUAUUUAUCUUGGAGAACCGCGAACCUUAUAUUACUGGCUUUGGUAGUACAAACGAGUUGAUUGUUUUUAACAGCUCCGGAAACGUAGUGUUCAAUCACAGGUUUACGACAAGAAUGUUGUUUGGAUGCAUUUGA